AUCGCCUGAUGUGCUGCCUGAAACCCAUAGGAGUGACUUAUCAGGACGCGUUAAAAAUGUCUUCUUCCUCGAGCGAGGUCAUUGGUGCCGAUGAGAUCAAGAGGGAGAACGCAAGGGUACUGGAGAACCGUGGGAGUGUCAAGCUGUCACCGCUGGACCCCGCGGAGUUGUCUAUGGAGAAUACAACUUCAGUCUCGUCCAUCGAUGGAGUCCGAACCGAACUUUUGGACUGCGCACCGGGCUCCCUGGCUUUCUCCCCCGAGCAGGUUGCGUGCGUCUGCGAAGCGCUGCUGCAGGGUGGAAACGUGGAGCGCUUGGCGAGGUUCCUCUGGUCACUGCCGCAGAGCGACCUGCUGCGGGGCAACGAGAGCAUCCUUAAAGCGCAAGCCAUAGUUGCGUUUCACCAGGCGCGCUACCAAGAGCUGUACUGUAUUUUGGAGAAUCACAGUUUCAGCCCGUCAAACCACUCGUCUCUCCAGGAUAUGUGGUACAAGGCGCGUUACACCGAAGCGGAGAAGGCGCGGGGUCGACCGCUGGGUGCCGUGGACAAGUAUCGCUUACGCAGGAAAUAUCCUCUGCCUCGGACUAUUUGGGACGGAGAGGAGACGGUGUAUUGUUUUAAAGAGAGGUCCAGAAAUGCCUUAAAGGAUAUGUAUAAACGAAACCGAUAUCCCUCUCCGGCCGAAAAACGAAAUUUGGCAAAAAUAACAGGACUGUCUCUGACGCAAGUCAGCAACUGGUUCAAGAACAGGAGACAGAGAGAUCGAAAUCCGUCCGAAGCGCAGUCAAAAAGUGAGUCAGAUGGCAAUCACAGUACAGAAGAUGAGUCCACUAAGGGCCAGGAGGAUUUGUCACCACGUCCCCUGUCAAGUGGCUCUUCAAGCUCAGUCACACAUGGAACAGCCCCCCCUACGCUUUAUUCGGAUGGAGGAACGACUGUCAUUCAACAGAUUGGAGAUGUUAAGAUGUCCUCACAUGCAGCUGGAGGAAUGGGUUUUAAUGGCGACCUGGCAAGUGUAAAUGCUCACUACAUCAAUGGUGGAGCCUAUGUUCAGUCCCAUAGUAACAAUGCUCUCCUCAAUGGACUUGGUGCCACAGGUGGCCAUUUCUUUUCUCAUCAUAGCCAGGAGAGACUGUUGGGUGGGUCUUCUGUGUCAUAUGCUCCUUUCUCAAUGGGGGUCUCUGAAACGUCCCCUGGAAAGCUGGAGGCCAUGCAAACUCUCGUUUCCAGUGGUGAAGAUGGAGUCAUUUCUUCAGUGGUCUCUUUUGCUUCUGCCCCAUCCACACCAUCCACUACCUCAGGAGCUCUUCAUCUCAGCGGUUAUAGUGUAGUCAACCUCCCAGGUACUGAAACAACCAUGGGUCUUCCUCCUCUGAUGCUUGCACCAUCCUCUACAUCAUCCAACCAUGGCUCGGCUCCUUUGGGCAAUGUGGUCAGCAACUCCCCCCAGCACUCGAGCCAAACUCUGCUCUACACCCAGACCGUCAAGCAGGAGCCUUUGGACGUGGCUGGAAGUUAUACCUACCCCUCUGAAAUACCCCUGGAUCAAGGCGGCAACCUGGGCUACACAGCCUCCCUCUUCCUUUCUUCAAAUCUUGGCUCUUCUUCAUCCACCAGUGGUUCUCUCUGCCCUACAGUCACAGCCACAGUCACCUCUGCCCUCUCCGGCUCAGAAGUCCACCACACCCUGAAUCAAACUGGACGGGGCCUCCAGGAAAACAAUGGAAUUCUGUCCUCAGACUACGGAUCCCGAGGUGUCCGGUUGUCCCUGUCCAACAGCCUGCCGGUCCCGGCUAGGCCAGGAGAAGGUCCGGUUAGGGUUGUUUGUGGAGAUCUGGACAUGGAAGGUAAAGAGCUUGCUAAGCUGCAGACCGUACAGAUGGAAGAUGAUGGAAGUGACCUAUGAUUUGUGCAUUAGCAAUCAAAAGCUUGUGCUGGACUGGUUUUGUCGCAUUGCAUCGUGGCGUAAUAACAAGGACCCCGCAAGCACAAAUCAUUUUCAAAGCUUCAAAGCCUGAUGGUGGAUUUAAGUAGUGAAACAAUGUGAACAGUGCCUUUUUGUCCUAAGUUGCACUAAGAGGGCUGCAAACAUACCAGGCAAUGCACUGACCUUUUGAAGAUUAUUUAGCUGCACUGUCUUCACGCUCACCUCAUAAAAAUACAAGACUGAAAGACAGACCCAUUAAAGCACAAUGCAAAUGUGCUCUGAAUCAAAAUGCAAAAACUGUAGCCUUAUUUCUUUUAAGAGGACGUUAUUGAAGCACAUGUGUUUUUGUUGUUGUCGUUGUUGGUCUUUUGUAUUUAAAUUCUUUGAGUGUGAUUAUACAAAUGCGAUAAAGCUUAUUUUGUUAUGUUUGACUUUUAUGGAUUUUGUGUUAUAUUUUUUGUGAUUCAAACUUAUAUGCUUCUUUUAAAUAUGUACCAUUAGCGAAACGUGCCUUCCACAUAAACUGUCAAUAUGCAAGGAAGCGAUAAGAGCGAAGUUAAACAUGCAUCUUAUUUGUUUGCAAGAAAUCAUCAAAAGUAAUUGAAAUAAGGA